AUGGAAACACUGCAAACAGCGACUCGAGCUAAGCUAAAAGUUUGAUCAGUUGUAAACAUCAACAUUGGUAUGGAGGAAAGUGCCUCUGAAGUCUUUCCAGAAGCUUCUGAUGCUUCACCUAAAGCACCACAAAAUACCUGGACAGAUGAAGACACAGAAGAUGACGAAGAAGAUGGAACUUGGGACGAAGUGUUCAACACUGAAGACAGCUUUCCCUCAGAGUUCUUUCUGAAUUUGGAAGACCCAGAAUGGGAAAAGAGCAAGUCUGGAGAUAUGAAGCUUGAUGAAAGAAAGAUGAGUAACAUGGACAGGUCCUGGAAGCUCAAGCUGAGAAAAGGCCUUAACCAGUUGGACAGCUUUUACAAGCAGAAGGAGCUCAAUGUGCUAAAAGCUAGGGAAGAGCUGAACACUUGUCACCACUACAUAACUGAGCUGGAACAACAGAAAAACGACUUGGAAAUUGACAUUGAAAAGGAGAAGCAGGUGGACAAUAGCGCAGCCGUAUUCCGCCUACGUGCCCGUCACAAGUGUGUGUGUACAGAACUUCAAGCAACGGAGGAGCUCGAGGCUCAUCUGGCCAUGGUCGUACAGGAGCACGAACUGGAGUUGUGUCAGGUGGAGAUAGAACUCGGUCAGUUUCUGAAUCUACGACAUCAGGUGGAGCAAGACGAAAAGACCUUACAAAUCCAAAAACAUGAGAAGUACACUCAAAGAAUCCAGAGGGAGAAGAACAUGGCCAAGAACGCCAAACUAAAAGCACAGCGGGACAAAAGAGAGCAGGAGACGAUCGAGCAAAAGAAAGCUGAGCUUGAUCAGAGGAAGCAGGAUCAGGCAUUGAUAAAUCGAAAGAAAGCAGUUGUCUUCCUCAAACAGACUCUUAAGAGGAUACAUGAGAAAGAGGAAGAGAGAGAGAAAAAGAGAAAGGAACUAAUAAAAAAGAGAAUGGAUGCAGCAGCAUCACUGAAGGCCAAUAUAUCAGCCAAUCAGGAAGCUCUACGGCUGAGACAGGUGAAGGAGAAAGCUCAGUUGCAGAAGCUGAGAGAGGAUGAGAACCACCAAAUGCAGUCAAUGCACGCGGCAGGGAUGAACAGCAUUAAGAUUUUUCACACGCAUAAAGCACAGGAGGGCCACAACAGAAAACAGGAGGAAUUUCAAGAGAGGCAAAAAGCCAGGCGUAUGGAGAUAAGAUCCAAACUGCUCCUGGAGGAUACACAGAAGGAGAGAGAAGUAAAGCGUCAAGCUCUCCAUCAUCCUUCCUCACCACCGCAUGUUAUGCAGAGCAUGGCUCUAAAGCGACAAGAACUGUGGCUGUUGCAGAGUUUACUGCCUCCAUCAGCACCACCAAAAAGAGAGACAAUUCAAGAGAGGUGCUUAACCCACCCUGCAUCAUCUCCGGCCAGCUCUAGAAGUGGCAGCAGUUCUCCGGAUUCCAUGGAGGAACUAGACCAGAGGGCCUGUGGAUUGACUGUGAAUGAGGCAGCCAUGGACCGGGAAGGAGAGAGAGAGUGCCUGGUUCAGCCUGAGUUUACUGGUCUCUGGAAUCGCAAGCACAAAGAUUACAAGUGCCGCUCAGAUGAAGACAUUCCACUCCAAGCAUCUCUUUUGAGGUCUAUGAAAGCUAGUCCAGACAAACCUCUGACUUCCAAGGCUGUCAAAAAAGCUCCAGGUGUCAAAGAGAUGAAAGGUCCAUCAUUCGUCAGCAAACCAGAAAUUGUCAUGUUUAAGGAUUUUGACCUUGAAAAGACCUACAGGAAAAAGGUUGUGCUUACAAAUGUCUUAACUAGCACAAAUUACUGCAGAUUUGUGGAAGUUUCACAGAAUCUUGUGGAUUUCAUAUCUAUAAGUUUCGAACCCCCUGGGCCAAUGUCUGCAGGCAUGGCAUGUGAACUGGAGGUUGUCUUCAAAUCUUUGCUGAAUGAAGAUUUGGAUGGUGAAAUCCAGUUUCAGUCAGCUACUGGCUAUUUUUCUGUCAUCAUUAAAUGCAGAAUCAAAAAAUGUGAGAUGGUUGUUGACAGCAGCCUCAUUGAUUUUGGCGCGCAUGUGGUCGGGCAGACAAUUUCACGCGUAAUCACCCUGACCAACAGGGGGGCGCUGGGUACGCGCUAUUCCCUGACUUCCCUCUCCAGCAGUCACCCUCAGCUGUAUGGUCUGUCCCAGCAAUCCUCUCCCACCAAACAGGGCCCUGUAAACAGCAGCAAUAUAAAAUGUGCUCCUUUGAGCAAUGAAGAAACAGCAAAUAGAGAAAACACAUGGGGCACAACUCAAACUGAAGUACAAUCAGAUCAGUCUCCUACAGGUUGUGACACCUCCAGAGAUUUCGAAGUUUCAGGAGCUGAUCAGGUCUCAGGUGCCACUGAUUUGGAGGACAGCACUGGGAUUGAGCAGGAUCAAGGAUCUGAAAUCACAGAAAUUAAAAUUGAGGAAAAAAUGCUUGAGGGUGAGGUGAAACCAUUUGCUAGCGUCAAACUACCUAUCAUUUUCACACCAAAGAUCCCAGGGGAAACUAAGCUGGACAUUCAGAUCAGCUUUUCACAGUCUGGCUGUGAACCGAUCAUAGUAUCAACUCGGGGUGUGGCAGAGAGUGUUCCUGUGUGGGUAACCAAGCCAAAUGUGGAUCUAAAGAUCUGCAUGUAUGAUCGUCUUUACCAAGACAGCAUUGAAGUUCAGAGCAGAGCCAGCACAGCCCUAAAACUGACAUUUGAAGUGUGUAAGGAGCUAAAGAACCACAUGGAUAUCCUGCCUAAAACCGGCUUUAUUCAAGCCAGGUCCAGCUUUCAUGCCCAACUCAAGUUUCUACCCAGAUGUACUUUGCCAGAGGACGCCAAGUCCUUUUUUGACCAGGACACGGGUGUUUUGGAGGUGCUGCUGAAUAUACAGGUGGCUGAUCAGGUAAAGCCUGUUCCGUUCACUGUCCAUGCUGUUGUUACAACCUCUGAUUUGAAGUUUGACUGCACUGAGGUUGAUUUUGGCCACUGCUCUGUUUCUGAGUCUGUGCGGACCAGCGUACACCUUACCAACUGCUCUUUGCUGCCACAGGAUUUCGGCUUUGUGGGCAUUCCCAAGUUUAUUGACAUCCAACCUAACGAUGGCUUUGGCACCCUGCUUCCACUACAAACACUGAAAAUUGACCUGAUUUUCAAUGCAUUUAAGGCUGGAGAAUACAACUUUCAACUCACCUGCAAGUCAGCAAUUAACAGAGAUUUCCUGUUAUCAUGCCGUGCGAUUGGUGUACGCCCUUUGCUGGAACUUUCUGAUUCGUUAUUGCAGUUCGGGGCCACAGCAGCUGGAGAUUGCUCUACUGCAGUGCUAUAUGUGCUAAACAGCCAUACAAGUCGCAAUGAGUUCACCCACCCUGUGCCACGCAUAGGAAAAGGUCCCAUUGCUCCUGUGUGUGCCAAGUACUUCACAUUCAUUCCCCCAGAAAAAUCUGAAAUCACAGUGACCCCUGUUACAGGAUGUGUGUUUCCAGGACAGAGGUGUCUGGUGCAAGUUACAUUCAGCCCUGCGCUAUCUGAUGAUGACAUAAAGGCAGAGGCUGUUCGACUGCUGUGUCAUAAUGAGGAGAUGAAGCUACAGGAAUCUCAAAAAGCUGAAGUUCUGGACAACUGUAAUAAAAGGAUAGGAUCAGAGACAAAAAGUAAAAAGGAGACAGAGCAGGACUCAAAGAAUCCUCCUCAGAAGAGGACCAGCAAAGUGUCUCAGACCCACAAAACUGAAAGUACUUCCCAACCCCCAAACCCAGCAGACAUUCAGAAAGAUUCAGAUGAGUAUGCUGCUGGGAAGGCCUCUCUUCUCCAGUCCUUUAAAGAACGAUGCAGCCGUUAUGUCAUCCCAUGCUUUGUUUCUAAUGGAGACAUUAGAGAACAGAAAGAAACUGAGGCACCAAUAUACAGCUUGCAUAACACACUUUACCUGGAGCUACAUUGCCCAGCUGUCCAACCCAUGCUGAUGGUCGUCUCAGACAAAGGGAAGACUACCAUCAACUUUAACCAGGUGGCAGUAGGUCAAAAAGUUUUGAAAAAGGUUACAAUCCAGAACAUUUCUUCUGAGCUGGUGGAUCUGAAAUCUUCACUGCUGGACCUGAAUGGCCCAUUCUGUGUGCAGAAUGCAAUGAGAGCUGUCAAGCCUGGAGACACACACACACUCUUGCUGGCUUUCAUACCAGCAAUGUGUAAAAAGUAUCAUGAGACCCUGGAGGUGAUGUGCAGUAAAAUGGCUUUGGAAUUCACUCUAUGUGGAGAGGGGGUUGAACCUCUCGUCACUUGCUCACAUAAGGGACAGCUCCUGGAUUUUGGAUAUGUGCUGGAAAAAGAGAGCACUACCCAAGUGUUUCAGCUCCAGAACUCUUCGUCUCUCCAUGUACAGUUUAAGGUUUUGUUGGACAGCAUCUGCCUUCCUACACAUAAUCAUUUCCAGUUGCUCCCAGCAUUCCUUUCUACAUAUUCCACACCGUGCUCAACUUUAGGCACUCAGAAUUACAGUGGCCAGAGUGUGUUCAGUGUAUCACCUACAGAGGGCGCCAUUGCUCCUGGUAAACAUCAGGACGUCACCGUGUCCUUCCAACCCGACCAUGAGAGUAUGAAGUACCAUGACACGCUCCGUGUGCAACUUAUGAAUCAACAAACAGUGUGUGUUCUGGAAUUACAAGGUGCAGCUAGGUGCCACAACAUGUUUGUAUGUGGUGGUGAUCCAUUAGACAUGUGCAAUGAAUCGCUCAUCCCUCCACACAUUUACAAUACAGAAACAACAGAAUCUACAGAGAGGGAAAAGCCAUCCAGCCCUGUGUUGGUGACCUUGAAGAGUAUGUAUCACGAAGGUCGGGAGAUGGCAGCAGUGCGAAAGUUAGAUGUUGGCUGCAUCCGGACAUCACAACCAGCCAUUAAGAAGGGUGGGGAGUUUUCAUGGGAGAACAUGGCUGUUCUGCAGCAGCAUGGCAUCAAUGUGGACCCAACUAAAGGAAAUGUGGAUGCAGGACAAAGGCGCACUAUCACUAUUUCUUGGACGCCUCCUGCCGGCCAUAAUCCCAGUGAGGUGAUUCAGGUGUGUGUUCCCCUCAUUUUGAAAGGAGUCGAGACUGAGGUGUACAAUGUUACACUCCUGGCCUACACAUCCCACCAUACACACUCUGGAUAGCACGUCAGCAGUAUAUUUUGCUGUAGCUUUUCUGUUUUAAGAUUAUAUAUUGCUAAUAAUCAUACAGAACAACUUAUUUUAAUGUCAUGAAAUAAAUAACCACAUAAAUGUUUAAAAUGUUAUGAUGUGUCCAUAUAAAUAAAUUCAAUCAACCAUAUAAACCAUUUAAAUAAAUUAAAAUUUGCAUCA